CUCCCAGCAUUUCCCCCUCCUCAUCUCGCUGACCCAACAUGUCUGGCCCGGCAUCGGGCGCUUCGCCCACUCCGCUCUCGCUACCCGUCGCACCACCUUCUCUCAAAUCGCUCUCCAACCUGCUCAAACGAGUCACGGAGCUCUUGAAGCCCGAUCCUAUGCUAGCCUACUGGUGCGCCUAUCGAGCCCUACGACUCGGAAUCCCCCAGCUGCACACGUUGGACAAUGAGGGAAAGUCGUACUUGAACGCAUUGAUGGAUCUGCUGGAGGAGAUGAAGGAGAGACUCAAAGGUGAUCAGAGAUUGGAGGAUGAGAGUGGGGCGGAGUACGUGAGGGGAAAGGCGUUGGGCGUGUUUGGAAAUGCGGAUAGGCUGGAUAGGCAAGGAGUGAAUGGAAGGAAUACAGCGCUGGCCUACCUUGCAGCGUCCAACUUCUUCGAUGUCUUGUCGGAAUUUGGCGAGCUUGAUGCAGAGAUCUCUUCGAAGCUCAAGUAUGCGAAAUGGAGGGCAGGCGAGAUUUCCAAAGCUAUCAGAGAAGGCAGACAACCUGCACCUCCACCAGCAGCAGAGACGGAUCAGGACACAGAUGCCAAGCUUGCCCAACUUGAUCUGCUCGGCGUCGGUCUUGGAGCGCAAGCGGGCGCAGCUAGUCAGGAAGAGAAAGAGUACUUGGACAGAGAGAUGAGAAAGUUGGAAGGUGAUGCAGGUGUCGACGUUCCUUCUGCUCCUGCAUUCAGCGUAGACCCUGGUCAAGGGCCGACAGCCAUUAGCCCAGAUGAAGGGAUGGAUGCACUUUCGCUUGCUGGAGCAGCUACUGCUCCGAGAGGCGGUGCACCGCUCACUCCCAACAAGGGCGGAAGAGCUCAUAGUCGUCUGAGUGUGGAUGCUCGAAGCAUGAACAUUGGGCCUUUUAUCUCACCCAACGCUGGAGAAGGAGCGGCCAGGCUCGCACCGCCCGAUUUUGCAGCUCAAGGUCUAGGAUCCAGUCCCAACUUUAGCAAACCGAUGCGAAGUCAAUUGUCGCGGAGCGGAAGUGGAGAAGAUGUGGAGGAUGCAGCUUCCACUCCUCCUCACUUGUCCCCCAAUUUUGGGCACUCGAGAAGAUCUGCAUCAGAGUACGUAGGAGGCGCUUCGAAUGAAGCAACAUCGGAAGACGUGUUUGGUCGUCGAUCUCUCUCGCCCUCCUUGUCUGGCCAACCACCUUCCAGACCUUCUUCAGCUUUCUUGUCCUUUCCCAGCCAUCAAGGGCCAGGUCCUGCUGGUUCGGGAAGUGUGAGUCCGGGAUCAAGACCUUUGCCCAUGCCUCCCGGCUUCAACCCCUCUGCUGCGAGCACAGCAAAUGGCAACGGAAGCAGCAGCGGCAACAACAACAGCGCAUUGGCAUCGGUCGGCGCUUUUGCGCCAGCUCCGCCAGGUAGCGUGGCAGCUUCCAGGCCUCCCAUUCCUCCGCCUCAUCGAGCAGCCACUGCUUUUGCACCCCCCUCCACUCAUGCACCCAGCGCGCCCCUCUUCUCUCCAGCUCCACCAUCCAUCACACCCUCAGCGCCACCUUCUUCCGACUUGCAAAGCCAACCCACCUCCUCCAACAUCGACUCGACUUCAAAUGCAGUUGCAGCGCCUCCAUCAGCACCAGCACCAGCACCAGCACCUCCGCCGACAAUAGCGCUGCCUCAAUCCCUAGACGCUUCGGCCUCGGCCAAAGUUCAAAAAUAUGCCAAAUGGGCAGCUAGUUCCAUGGACCAUGAGGAUCUGGACGCUGCGCGAAAGUUCCUGAGACAGGCUUUGGACAUAUUGGAAGGCAAAGAGGUGGAGGAGGGUAAAGGCAAGAUCAAGAGGUAGCUAGCUCUGUUCGAUUGCGCAAUGACGGCAUCCCAUUCUUCUCUUUUUUCUGUAACACGUGGUGAAUCGAGUGUGAGGUCCCACGCAUUUGCGCGCAUCUUUCGUGCUGGGCAUGUCAGGUACAUGUGUGGGUCAUUUGACAUUGGACGAAUUGGAUCUGAGAGGAGCCUUGAAGGGGAAAUGUCUAGAGGACGGGGCCGACGAGGCUUCGCGCGAAUCCUGUUUGGUGCGCGGCU